CCGCGGGCGGGUGCGCGCGGCGCUGGCGGGUGCGUGGCGCCCGCGUGUGUUCAAGCCGUGCGCGCGGGGGCGCUGCGCCGAACGCGCGGCGUUGAUGGAUUGCAGGAGUGCCGGAGCUUGCCAGCCGAGGCAGCACGGCUCCGCGGACUUUUUUUCAAACUCCCAUCAAUGAGACUUCGAGGAGGAACGGGAGGAGGCGGCGGCGGCGGCGGACGCAGAGGAAGGCGAGAAGGAGCCGGAGUAGCUGGAGGAAGGCACGCGGGAGCCUAGGGGAGCUGCCCGCGGGCCGAGCGUAGGGGCUGCCCGGCCCCCGCCCGCCUCUCGGUCUUCUCUCCUGCUUGGCCUGCCCUAUCCCGGCUGGACUGAGCCCCGCACACGGCAGUCCGCGGAGGGUCGCUGCGCUAAGCCAAGUUGGGAUGGGGGCCCGCAGCCACUGCCUGGCGCCACAGAGGCCACCUGCGUGAUAGAGGCAAACUUUUGUCUCCCUUGGGAGUUUUGAAAGAUCAUGGAAAUUGGAGAGGCCAGUGUGUGCAGACAAAACCAGGAGGUUGAGAAUUUGGAUUGCUGGCUUGGCAGGCCGUGGGACUGGACCGCGUUGUACAUACCUUAUCCAUCGUCCUUGCGGGCCCAUUUUCUCAUUAGAAGACACAAGAAUUUUGUGUGGAUAUACAAAAGUGAGAUUGGCUGCCACCCAGGACUAUGAGUGCCUAAGAUGGAGACGUCUGCCUCGGCCACUGCUGCGGAGAAGAAAGGGGCCAAAAGUGGAAUCCUCGAGGGCGCUGCUUUCCCCGACCCAGGCAGGAAGGCCUCUGCUUUGGUGGUGGCCACAGCAGCUGCGGCUGUAGCUGCCCAAGGAGUGCCAGCGCACCUUGUGCCUCCAUUCCAUGCUCCCUUGCCGAUUGACAUGAGACACCAGGAGGGAAGAUAUCAUUAUGAGCCUCACUCUGUCCACAGCGUGCAUGGGCCUCCUGCUCUGAGUGGCAGCCCUGUCAUCUCUGACAUCUCAUUGAUCCGGCUAUCCCCACACCCCACUGGCCCGGGCGAGUCCCCCUUCAACGCUGCCCACCCGUAUGUGAGCCCCCACAUGGAGCAUUACCUCCGUGCUGUGCACAGCAGCCCCACACUCCCCACGAUCUCUGCAGCCAGAGGCCUCAGCCCUGCUGAUGUAGCUCACGAGCACCUUAAAGAGAGGGGACUGUUUGGCCUCCCACCUCCAGGCACCAACCCCUCAGACUAUUACCACCAGAUGACCCUCAUGGCAGGCCACCCCACACCAUACGGGGACCUGCUGAUGCAGAGUGGGGGUCCUGCUGGUGCACCCCAUCUCCACGACUACCUCAAUCCAGUGGAUGUGUCACGUUUCUCCAGCCCACGGGUGACACCACGCCUGAGCCGCAAGCGGGCACUGUCUAUCUCCCCCCUCUCGGAUGCCAGCCUUGACCUGCAGCGGAUGAUCCGGACAUCGCCCAACUCGCUGGUGGCCUAUAUCAACAACUCCCGCAGCAGCUCAGCAGCCAGUGGCUCCUAUGGGCACCUGUCAGCAGGCACCCUCAGCCCGGCCUUCACCUUCCCCCACCCAAUCAACCCCAUGGCUUACCAGCAGAUACUGAGCCAGCAGAGGGGCCUCGGCUCAGCUUUCGGACACACACCACCCCUGAUCCAGCCCUCGCCCACCUUCCUGGCCCAGCAGCCCAUGGCCCUUGCCUCUAUCAAUGCCACACCCACCCAGCUCAGCAGCACCAGCAACUGUCUAAACGACACCAACCAGAGCAAGCAGAGCAGUGAGUCAGCUGUGAGCAGCACCGUCAACCCCAUCGUCAUUCAUAAGCGCAGCAAGGUCAAGACAGAGGCCGAGGGUGUGCAGCCAGCCUCCCAGCUGACCCUGAUGCAGGAGCAGCUGGCUGACCUCAAAGAAGACCUAGACAAGGAGGACUGUAAGCAGGAGGCUGAGGUGAUCAUCUACGAGACCAACUGCCACUGGGAAGACUGCACCAAGGAGUACGACUCCCAGGAACAGCUGGUGCACCACAUCAACAAUGAGCACAUCCACGGGGAGAAGAAGGAGUUUGUGUGCCGCUGGCAGGCCUGCACGCGGGAGCAGAAGCCCUUCAAGGCACAGUACAUGCUGGUGGUGCACAUGCGCCGACACACUGGCGAGAAGCCACACAAGUGCACGUUUGAGGGCUGCUUGAAGGCCUACUCUCGCCUGGAGAAUCUGAAGACGCACCUGCGGUCGCACACUGGGGAGAAGCCAUAUGUGUGUGAACAUGAGGGCUGCAGCAAAGCCUUCUCCAAUGCCUCAGACCGCGCCAAGCACCAGAACCGCACCCACUCCAGCGAGAAACCCUACAUCUGCAAGAUCCCUGGCUGCACCAAGCGAUACACCGACCCCAGCUCUCUCCGGAAGCAUGUGAAAACAGUGCAUGGCCCAGAUGCUCACGUUACCAAGAAGCAGCGCAGUGACGUGCACCUCCGCACCUUGCUGCUCAAGGAGAAUGGAGACAAUGAGGCCAGUGCUGAGCCCAGCGGCCAGAGCCCCGAGGAGAGUACUGAGGCCAGCAGCACCAGCCAGGUGGCAGAGGACUGCCUGCACAUCAAAGCCAUCAAGACCGAGAGCUCUGGGCUGUGUCAGUCCAGCCCUGGGGCCCAGUCAUCCUGCAGCAGUGAGCCCUCUCCCCUGGGCAGUGCCCCCAACAAUGACAGUGGCGUGGAGAUGCCAGGGACAGGGCCCGGGAGCCUGGGAGACCUGACAGCUCUGGAGGACAUACCCCCAGGGGCCCAUGCCUCAGCACUGGCUGCUCCCUCUGCUGGUGGCCUGCAGCUGCGCAAACACAUAAGCGCCAUGCAUCGGUUCGAGCAGCUCAAGAAAGAGAAGCUUAAGUCGCUCAAGGAUUCCUGCUCAUGGGCUGGGCCAGCUCCACACACCCGGAACACCAAGCUGCCUCCCCUCCCUGGAAGUGGCACCAUCCUGGAAAACUUAAGUGGCAGCGGCGGGCCGGCGGGGAUGCUGCCUAACCCACGGGGGUCCGAGCUGUCUGCGAGCGAGGUGACCAUGCUGAGCCACCUGCAGGAGCGCCGGGACAGCACCACCAGCACGGUCAGCUCAGCCUACACCGUGAGCCGCCGCUCCUCCGGCAUCUCCCCCUACUUCUCCAGCCGCCGCUCCAGCGAGGCCUCGCCCUUGGGCGCCGGGCGACCGCACAAUGCCAGCUCCGCCGACUCCUACGACCCCAUCUCCACUGACGCAUCGCGGCGCUCCAGCGAGGCCAGCCAGUGCAGCGGUGGUGGCGCAGGGCUGCUGCACCUCACGCCCGCCCAGCAGUACAGCCUGCGCGCCAAGUACGCCGCAGCCACUGGCGGACCGCCGCCCACGCCGUUGCCGGGCCUGGAGCACAUGAGCCUGAGAACCAGGCUGGCGCUGCUGGACGCUCCUGAGCGCUCGCUGCCUGCUACCUGCCCGCGUCCACUGGGGCCACGGCGAGGCAGCGACGGGCCGGCCUAUGGCCAUGCGGGACCCAUUCCCGCCUUCCCCCAGGAGACGCCGGGUAGGGGUGCACGGCGGGCCAGCGACCCGGUGAGGCGGCUGGACAUCCCAGCUGCCCCACAGGUACAGCGCUUCCACAGCACGCACAAUGUGAACCCAGCCCCACCACUGCCCUGCACCGAGAGGCGAGGCCUCCGCCUGCAGCACCUCCCGAACGCCGACUACAGCGUGUCCCGGGGUACCUACUCCCCACGGCCACCCAGCAUCAGCGAGAACGUUGUGAUGGAGGCCCUGGCGACCGGGACGAGCAGCACCAGGCCCGAGGCCAAUCUUGUACUGCCAGAGGACGACCUCAUGCUGCCUGAUGACGUGUUGCAGUACAUCAAGGCACAUGCCAGCAGUGCCCUGGAGGAGAACACCCUGCAGGUAUAUCCCUCAGAAAGCACCUGCUUCUCUGAGAACCCCAAAGUGCCCAGUCCAGGGCUACAUGAGCAAUGCAGGAUGGUGGCUGCAGACUCCAACGUGGGCCUCUCCACCCCUGUGAGAGGCUGCCAGCUGGGCUUUGUCACCCCCUCCAGCCUGAACAAAAAUAGCAUGCCUGUACAGUGGAAUGAGGUAAGCUCUGGGACCAUGGAUGCUCUGGCCAGCCAAGUACAGCCUCCACCCUUCCCACAGGGCAACUUGGCUGUAGUGCAGCAAAAGCCAGCCUUCAGCCAGUACACAGGCUACAGUCCACAAGGCCUGCAGCAGAGCCCAGGAGGCCUGGACAGCACGCAGCCACUCGUUCAGCCCUACAGCGGAGCCCCAUCUGCACCCAGGACAAAUUAUCUGCGCCACCUGCAGCAGCCAGGGACAGGUGGCCAGGGUUCCAGCAUGACCACCUCUGUGAGCCCCCACACCAGCUAUGGCCAAGCCCACCCCCACCUGAGUCCCAGUAUCAUGGGUUCAGCACUGAACCAGUUCCCCACAUCCUGCAGCAACAUGACAGCUAAAUCAGGCCACCUGGCGCUCCUCCAACAAAUGGAAGUUGCUCCUGACCCCAUCGUGAUGGGCAGCAGCCACAGGGAACUUGAGAUGCCCAAUUCCACCCUUGCUGGGAUGCUACCUUCUCACCCAGCCCAGAGCUACCCACAGCAGAGCCAUCACCUGACAGCUCCCACAAACCAGGAGGGCUACUGCCAGGGCCCCAGCCUUCUGCCUUCACACCAGCCUGGCUUUGUGGAGUCCCAGCAAAGCACAAUGGGGAUGGCUGGAUCAAGCUUUGGCCUUAUGCAGCCUCGGCCACCCCCUGAGUCAAGCCCUGCUGGUUGCCACCAUGGCUUACGUGCUGGGCAGCAGCUGGCCUAUGCCAGGGCUGCUAGCCAGGCCAUGGCUGUUGUGUCGGCCAGUCAGGAGAUGACAAAAGCUGUGUCCAAGGGGACAAUGAGCAGCGUGAUGUCUCUGCCUCCUCAGAUGCCCACACAGAACACAGGCAGGGCCCAGAACCACAGCAUGCUCUGCUACUAUGGCCAGAUCCACAUGUACGAACAGAAUGGAGGCCUGGAAAACCAUGGAGGUUGCCGGGUCAUGCGGCCCCAGCCACCACAGCCACAUGCCUGCCCAGACAGCCUCCAGCCCCAACCCUUGCCCUCACCAGCGAUCAACCACGUGUCCAGCACUGUGGACUCCCAGCUACUGGAGGCCCCCCCGAUUGACUUUGAAGCCAUCAUGGAUGAUGGCGAUCACUCGAGCUUCCUCUCAGGUAGCCUGAGCCCCAGCCUCCUCCACAGCCUCUCUGAGACCUCCUCCCGCCUCACCACCCCCCGGAACUCCGUGACUCUGCCCUCCAUCCCUGCUGGCAUCAGCAACAUGGCUGUUGGAGACAUGAACUCCAUGCUCACCAGCCUGGCAGAGGAGAGCAAGUUCCUGAACAUGAUGACCUGAGGCCCCAGCCCCUGGCCCUGAGCAGACCCAGGGGAGCAUCACUUCCCAGAAUGGGGGACUUUUGUCCAUUUUAUCUUUUUCCAAAAUAGUAUUAAGUAGGUCUGAGGGAGUUUUGCCAAUGAGUAGUUCAGACCCCAAAUGCUUUAAGGGAAGAUUUAUGUGCAUCCUGUCUGGUCUUUGGGGAUGUUUUUCAGAACACUGAAAAAAGUCUCAAUGGGAAAAGUAAGGCAGGAAUGAAUGAAAAACUCAUUUACAUAGUGCUUCCCAGCCUUUGGUGUUUAUCGGACCACUCUGUUCUGGCUUCUUCACCUGUGUCAUUUGGCUAAUGAGGGAUUACAUCAGUCAAGGGCUUUCCAAGUACCUGAGGAAGAGGUUCGAGGAACCACAUUUGGAUUUGAAUCUGAAAGCCAUACCGGAUAUUCCAAUCCAGCUUAUAUUCCAAUCCAGGAAGAUAAGCUUCUCAUUACAGUACCUACAAAGUAGAGGAAUUUUAUGAAGCUUAAUUCCUGAGACCUCUUACCACCCCUUGCCACAGGAAGAAUGAAAGAUUUUACCUGUAUG